AUGGAACCUACACCUAAAAUUUCGAACAAAAUAAUAACAUCCGAAAUGGAUCAAAACAUGCAACUUACCAGUGACUCCUCUUCAAUUAAUAAUAACGGUAAGGUCAACAUCAUGACUCAAGAUUUCAAUCAAUACAUGGAGUUUUUAAGGUCUCCUCAGACAAAACCUGGUACAUUCGAAUUUGAUGAUUGGUUCGCCAAUGACCUAUCGGGUUACCUUAAGGAAGACUUCAUUUUCCCUGCAGAGGGUCCGAAUUAUGAUGUUUCUCCUUUGUUGGGAUCUUCUAUGACCACCCCUUCCCUUAUACUUGACACUUCUCAAGAAUUGGAUGACUCUCCUCUUUUCAGUUCAAUCCCCGCUUCUUUCUCCGCAAGUCCAUCUCUUGAACCCGCUUUAGGCUUCUUCCCCGACCUUACAAAUCCUAAUGCCGCCGUUUCUCCAACGAAUUCUCUUUUGCAUCAACUUACCAUCACGCCCUCCGUAACAAUUCCUGUUGAUGAUGCUUCACCUUUAACUUCAAUUUCUGGUGGUGGUUCUCUUUCUUCUUCUUCUCUCAACAUUCCUUGGUCUUCUGAAGUGACCUCUGCGAAUUUUCUUCAAAGCGCCUCAUCUGAGUCACCUCUUUUUUCAACUUUAUCGAACGCAAACGCCACCUCAAAGUCUUCAUCUGUCGUUGCAAGUCCAUCUGUAAUGUCAUCAACGUCUGCGUCCUCUACUCCUUUAAUAAAUAAUCCCAAUACCAUUCGUCGAAAGAGGUCUAUUAGUGAAGUUGAGAAGAAUCCGCAACACAUGGUUGAUGAUUUAGCCAUGAAACGUGCAAAGAAUACCGAUGCUGCUCGUAGAAGUCGACUUCGAAAGGUGAUUAAAAUGGAAUCGCUUGAAAAGCAGGUGACUGAAUUCAAGAUCGAAAAUAAUGAACUUCAAACUCGUGUCGCUGUGUUGGAGAGCGAAAAGAAAGGUUUGGAAGAAAAAAACGCCGAGAAGGACGCUAGAGUCAAAAUGUUGGAACAACAAUUGGCUGAAGCUCACGAAAG